AUGGCAUCACACCGGGAAAAGAGUCGUUCUCUGCAGCAUCACGCCGCUGCCGCUGAUGUCAAGGCUGUGCCGCCCCAUCACCACGCUGAUGCUGUGACUGCACUCCACACUGCUGCCCACCAUGCCACCGCCGCCACCAUUGUGGGCACUGCGGCACUGCCAUGCUGCCGGUGCUGCGGGAAGCCCAGGGAGGAGGAGGCGUCUGUGAGUGAGAAUGGCAUCGACUACCAGCAACGGCGUGACACAUCCAUGCUCGCGCUCCUCCUGCCUAUGCUGCCCGUGCUGUGUCCCCCAAACCCCCCUUCCCCUCCCCACCCCUUCGCAUGCUCCCACCUCUGCUCCGCCUGUGUUUCCACAACUGCUCUCGCCCAUGCUGCCCCCAAGUCGUCCCUUUGGGGUCACUCAGAAGAGGAGUUGGUGCUGAGGAGGAGUAGGGGAGGCAAGGCGAGGCGUGCGGAGGAGGGGCUGGGGUGA